UAGACUCGUGUAGAUCAUCGUAGUACUACGGAGAGAGCUUUCUUUGCCAGUGAUAACGCACGUCCAGUGGGAAAACUAACAAAUCUCGUGUGAGAACGUCUGCGUUCCGUUUGUUUCCUCCAUACGCUAAGGACGUCAGGUCACCAAGAAAUCUGAUGUCUUUCCAUGUUCUGAAGACUGCAUAGGAGAAAAGGUUGAAGCUGAAACGUUGCUCAGUGAGGGAGUGGACCCUGCGGCUGAUUCACGCUCACCACCUGACAACCAACUUCCCAUCAAACUCCCAAUUUGGCUGAGAGACUUGGGACUUGGCGAGGUGCUGCAGAGUUCUUACCAAGUCUGAGGGGGUCCAACCCCCCCCGCCCUUUCUUCUGCCUCCUCCUCUUUCAAACAAACUCCCACCACGAUUCUCCAGCCUCCCUUCCUCCAACCACCAACCAACAUCUCAGCAUCCAUUUCCGCUGCUGCUUUGCUGACAGAGUUGCCAGGAAAGGAGGGAAAACAACCCAUAGCACUCCAUUCACCAAAACUUCUGGCAGCAGCUGAUAUUUACUGUUGGUGGUGUGUCCACAGUGGGCCAUGCUGAGGUCUGGUUGAGGUGCUGAGCUGCAGGACCACUGCUGCCACCCCUGCUGCUGCUGCUGCUGCUAACCCUGCUGCUGCUGCUGCCGCCGCCGCUGCAAUGAGCCUGUCGCCAGGCCCCCAGGGGCCCCUCCUGGCUCUGGCCCUAGCCCUGCUGCUGGUGUUGGCCACUGGUCCACGCCCCGUACACCCAGGGGGCAUGCCUUUCCCCCAAGACCUCAAGCCCAUCAACCUCGUCGGGAGUGAACAUUCAUACCUGUACCCCAGCUUCCAAGGUCUUAUGCAGGACAACGACACGGCGCGGCUGGGUUUGGAUUUCCAGCGAAUGCUGCGCAUCAACCACAUGCUCUACAUCGCUGCCAGGGAUCACGUUUUCGCUGUCAACCUCACAUCCUCCUCAGAGCAGAUUGUCACCCAGCAGAAACUGACAUGGAAGACAAAGAAUGUGGAGAAGUGCACCGUGAGGGGCAAGAACAGCGAUGAGUGUUACAACUACAUCAAAGUGCUGGUCCCGCGCAACGACGAAACCCUCUUCGCCUGCGGCACCAACGCCUUAAACCCCACCUGUCGCAACUACAAGAUGUCCACUCUGGAGCAGGUCGGGGAGGAGGUGGUGGGCCAGGCGCGCUGCCCCUUCGAGUCGCGCCAGUCCAACGUUGGCCUCUUCGCUGGUGGGGAUUUCUACUCGGCCACCAUGACCGAUUUCUUGGCCAGCGACGCGGUGAUCUACCGCAGCCUAGGAGACAGCAGUCCUGUCCUGCGCACCGUGAAAUAUGACUCCAAGUGGCUCCGAGAGCCCCAUUUUCUCCAUGCCAUCGAGUACGGGAACUAUGUGUACUUCUUCUUCAGCGAGAUUGCAGUGGAAUACACGGCUUUGGGCAAGGUGGUGUUCUCCCGAGUGGCCCGGGUCUGCAAGAACGACAACGGCGGUUCUCCGCGGGUUCUGGAGCGUUACUGGACGUCGUUCCUGAAGGCACGCCUCAACUGUUCGGUCCCGGGAGACUCAUUCUUCUACUUCGAUGUUCUCCAGUCGCUCACCAACGUCAUGCAGGUUAACCAGAGGCCCGCUGUGCUGGGCGUGUUCACCACGCAGGCCAACAGUAUCACCGGCUCGGCCGUGUGCAUGUUCUACAUGGACGACAUCGAGAAGGCCUUUAGCGGGAAGUUCAAGGAGCAGCGCAACAGCGAGUCGGCCUGGACUCCUGUGCCUGACGAGAUGGUGCCCAAACCAAGGCCUGGUUGUUGUGCGGGUGAUGGUCCGGCGGCUGCGUUCAGGUCCUCCACGACCUUCCCGGACGACACUCUGACCUUCAUCAAGUCCUACCCACUGAUGGACGAGGCGGUGCCCUCGGUCAACGACCGGCCCUGCUUCACGCGCACCACGAGCAGGUUCAAGCUGACCCAGCUGGCAGUGGACACUGCUGCCGGGCCCUAUAAGAACUACACGGUGCUGUUUCUGGGCUCGGAGGAUGGGCGCGUGCUGAAGGUUCUGGCCAGCACCCAUGCCAACUCCUCCUUCAGCACUCAGCUCCUGGAGGACAUCGACGUUUACAACCCAGCUAAGUGUAAUGUCCGAGGGGAGGACCGGCGCGUGCUGGGCCUGGAGCUGGAUAAGGAUCACCAUGCCCUCUUUGUUGCCUUCUCCAGCUGCGUGGUCCGCGUGUCUCUCAGCAGAUGCGCUGACUACGGCUCCUGCAAAAAGAGCUGCCUGUCCUCGCGAGACCCCUACUGCAUCUGGCUGAAGAUGGGGAUGUGCGCCACCGUGGCGCCUGGAAACAAGCAAGGGUUCGAGCAGGACUUGGAGAACGGCUAUCCGCAGUAUCCUGAUACAUGUCAUGAUGUCUUGGCCACCACAAGAAAACAGAAUACUGUAGUGGAUUCUGCCUAUGGCAAGACCACCCCCACUACAACCGCCAGCACAACCAGUCAGGCGGCAGCAGUGAUCCCCAAGGUGCCUGGUGACUCUCAUAAAGGUACAGGGCCCGAGGGGCACCCCCCUGCAGUGGGCAACCCCGUGGGCAACCCCGUGGGCAACCAGGGCACCCCUGACUCUGACUCUGAGUCUGAGGCCAUCAGUGUGGAGGGAGUGCGGCGCCCCCCUGAGGUGGAGAAGACUAACCACAGCGUGCACUACACCCUUCUCAUCGCCUGCGUCCUGGUGGCCUUCGUCCUGGGUGCCUUCCUCUCCGGCUUCCUGGUGUCCUGCUACUGCAACCACAACGUGAGCAAGACCAAGCGGCUGCCCAAGGACCCCGAGGUGUCCAUCCCGCACGCGCUGUCCCUCCGCAGCCUGGCCAAGCUCAACGGCCUGCUGGAGAGCCAGGGCAAAGAGGACAAGCUGGACGUGUCCUCCCCCAAGGUCUACAACUCGUUCUUCAGCAACGGCAAGGAGCAUCACCCCUCGCGAAGGCACCACCAUGGCCACCAUAGCGUGGCGGACCUCAUCCACCCCCACCACCACCACGGCUCGGAGCUGUCCGGGCUGCCCACGCCGGACUCGACGCCCGAGCUGCCAAUCAAAAGCAUGAAGGCCUUCAAGAACCAGUGGGAGAAGAACCAGAACUGCAACAACGCCAAGGAGCCCAAGCCACACAACAUGCCGGGCUCCAGGCCCAGCUCAGGGCUCCACCAGCAGGUGUUCCCCUUCUCCCACGGCCUGUCCAAUGGCCAAGCACUGGGCGGCUCCAUGCACCUGGAGGAGCGUAAGAUCCACAACGCGGAGCGCGUGGCGAUGAGCCAGCCGUACGCUACGCACGCCUACCCGCACAAGGUGGUGGACGUGACGUCCUUGGACGAGCUCCUCAAGCACAUCCAUGAGAUCAAUGUGACCACGACGUCGGGCAUCAAGAACCCGCAGGUGCUGACGUCCUCCAUGUCGGCCAAUGUCAACAUGGGCCAGCUGGCCUACGGCGCCAACGGCAACCGGGUCCAGCCGCAGAUCCCCGAGACGGAGACGGCACCGUACUACAGUUCGUCGACCCUGCCUCGUGACAGCCUGACGCGCCGCAUGGACGUGCCCCCCGACAUGCCGCUGCCCUCGCACUCGCAGUCCACGCUGGAACGCAUGCCACGCCACCUGCAGCGGCACUCGCUCCUCACCGCGCCCAAGAUGGUGGCCGGUGGCAGCGGCGGUGGCGUGGUGGUGGCGCGCCAACACAGCUUCAACCACCAGGGGGCGCGUCCCAUGCCGCCCAUGCUCUCUCGCAUGAACUCUGCCGGAAGCAGCGGCGGCGGUGGCGGUGGCAUGUGCGGUGGCGGUGGCAUGUGCGGUGACAUGCGCCAGCCACACAUCCCCAGCUACCUGGCUCGCCAACACAGCUACAGCGACCAGGCCGACCAGUGCCACCGGGGCGCCAAUGGUGUCCGCCGCACGGUGUCCCUCAAGCCUGACAUGCCGCCCAAGCCUCUCUUCAUCCCUGCCACCUCGCCCGUCAACCAGCAGGGCAAGUACUACUGAGGUCAACAGCCAGAUUUUAUUUUUUUUGAUAAACAAAGUGACUACACUCCAGCGACUGCUGUAGUUCAAUGACUGGAAGUGGACCUCAAAACCACACUCAAAUGUGAGCCAAGUGAGCCAGUGAGCGGAGUAUUUUAAUUGACAGUCAGGGACGCUCAGACGCUGCCUGCCUACACACUUUGAACCUGACCUACUUUGUUCCUUCUCUAUGUCCAUUGAAUAUAUUUGUACCAUAUUGGUAUUGCUCAGCUAUUCGCUUCUAGAGGGUGAACAAAAAAACAAAAAACAAAAGAACUGUCAAGGCAUCACCUUGUUUUUUUAGGCUGCCACUGUCUUCAUUGUGGCUUGACAUGCAACUAUGUGAACAAGUGAAGGUUGGCACAUGCAGUAACUCCAUGUGGACACUGAAGGCUUUUUGCCGUGCGAUGUGGUGCUGCUCCUCUUAUGGCUUUCGCUUAACUAUUCUGUUGGACGUAGAGUCGAUGAUCAGUGAUUGUUUCCUAUAAUAAUGUGUACAUAUAUAUGCAUGUGUGUGUGCGUGUGUGUGUGUGUAUGUGUGUUCAUAUUUACACAGUAUAUGUAUACAGUACAUACUAUACCAUUCAUACACAAUAUUUUUUUUGUGUAUGCAGGGUUACAGCUUCUCAAAAAAAAAGAAACACUUAAUUUGCCUUAUAUCAGAACAAAUACAUCUAAUUUUUAUUUUAUUUUACUACCCGUUCAUCACCCCUCCAAAACCUUGUCAGUAUUACACCAGUCAAAAAAGAAAAGGCCAUACAAGAGAUUUAUGAGCAAUAACCAUACUAAAAACUCCCUUGUCAUGGCAUGAAAAAAGAUGGGAAUAAAAUUAUGUGACGCAUUACAUAAUUUUAGGACGUCGCAUUCUGAAUUUUCCAUAGCAUUUAGGCAGUGACCAAAUAGGUAGGCAAGUGAAGAACAUGUCAGUGGCCAUAUGCAGUAUUAUAAAAUAUCCCUGUGCCAGGUGUGCUUGGUGUGAGUGAGCUACAUGCUGGGUAUUCAGGCAGAAGCUUUCCAGAUGCAAGCAUAUUGUCAAGGAAUUCAGUGGAGAUCAUACCCUCAAGUAUUACCCUCUUUGUUUUCAUUUAGUGAAAAAAACUGCAUCACUUGCAAUUACCUUUGUAGUUAUUGGUUGUAAAUAUAGGAAUAAUAACUAGCCGAAAUUUAAUUGUUUAAUUGUGUAAAUUGUGCCUUAUUUAAUAUGGUAUGUGCUUUGGGGUAUGGUAGGGUGACAAUGAAAGCAAAGAUGCUACAAUUUCUGUUUUAUCUUUUUUUUUCCUUUUUUUCAAUUUUGAUGUCUGUAUACUGUAUGCCACAUGUAUCAUAGGUUUAUAUUUCUAUCUAGACCUUUUUGAUAUCCCCUGACUGUGUGAAUAGGUUUAAACAACUACCAGCUUAAGAAUGCAGGAUCUGUCAGAAUCCACUUUGCUCCACUUCUAUGCUUUUACUCUACUCUCCUUGCUUAGUGGGUUGGUGAUUGCCUUUGCACGCUUUCACAUUGUGUUCACCAGAUUGCAAAACCAGUCAAUUUCGUUAAGGUAGCGAUUUUUACAUGACCUAUGGGAGAGCACCGUUUCUGCACUCCUCAGCAGUCAUCUCAGAGGGUUGUGUUUGUUUGUGUUUCCUUUUUUCAUUACACUGCUCUGAUAACAGCUGAGACUAUUGAUAGGGGAACCAAUUUUGAUCCAAGAUGUUUCGAUGCAUCUGGUUUUUAACACUGCCUGCAGUGGAGCUCUAUAGGAUUCUUCUUUCUCUCUCUCUCUCUCUCUCUCUCUCGCUCUCUCUCUCUCUCUCUCUCUCUCUCUCUCUCUCUCUCUCGCUCUCUCUCUCUCUCUCUCUCUCUCUCUCUCUCUCUCUCUCUCGACACAAAAGUGUCUUUUGGUUGUCUCCUCUUAAGAAAACUUGUUGAUAUGGUGCUCCACUAUUGCACUUUCUGACCAACUUCUGAAUAUUGCUCUGAAUUGUGCUUUUUACUAAAAAAAAGAAACGUUCUCAAGAUCGUUAUGAAAUGUGAACAUGGUGUGUUUGUUAACUGCUUGGAUUGCUGCCGUCGGCCUGCAUUUGAAUUCACCACAAGCCGGCUUUUCAUCUGUAUUGUCAUCAGGCUUGUAGAUGGCCAGUCAUAACACAUGUGCAUACAGAGCAAGAUGAUCUCACAGAAUUCUGUGAAAUGAACACAGGCAAUUGGGACACAAAAUCUAUGGCAGUUUCACAAAUCUUGCCAAAAAUUCCCUAUGUGGUUACAGAAGUGCUUUACAUGAUGGGCCCAUGGAAGUGUUUUAUAUUCUCACAGCUCUAUGUUCCCACAGUCUUAUGAUGAAACUUAUGUUAUCAGGAUUUUUCUCAUUUCAAAGAUUUUUUUUUCUCAAAAACAUUUCUUACUGACAGAUAAGGAUUAGGGAUUGUUUUGGUCUGGGCACAGCUUAUACUGCUAGCGUUCUUUCGUUUUAGUACAAGUGGUAGCCUAUCAACUAAGUGGAAAAGGUGUUUCUCAAAAAUGUUUCUUUACUGACAGGUUAGGGAUAGGGAUUGUUUUGGUAUGAGCACAUCUUAAAUACAUUACUAAAGCAUUAUUUUGUUUAGUAAUAGAAUUAGGAAGUCCUAUUGACCAAAUGGUCAAGGCAGGCCGGUUUUCCAGUUUUCUAACGACAGACUGAACAUACUGCUGUGGGAACAUAUAGAGAACACAUCAGUGAGUCCAUCACAGAAAACACUUCAGUGGCCAUAGCACGGAAAUUUGGCACAAUUUGUGAAAGUGCCACAUAUUUUGUGCCCCAAGGGUUCAUGUCAAUUUCACAUCAUUUUGGAAGAUCAGUCUGUACAGAGCUAGGAAUAACCAAUUUGGGGAAACAAAUUGUGAAAGACUAUACAGUAUAUCAAAAUCAAAAAACACACACUCAUUCUCUGACAGUAUUCAUGUCAAUAAGACAGUAUACAGUAUAUUAAGACAGAGGGCUUUGCCUGUGUAGAUGCAGAUAUGAUGAGUAGCUUCUUUGAACAUAGAUAGGGGUCAAUGAAGGAAAGGGAAUAGUCUUUGUCCACUUUAAUUGGUAUAACCAUUGAGGUCUCUUGUUAUUGCACAGUGUAAAUAAAAAUGUCAUUUGGAGCUUU